GCCAUCAAACCAGGCGGCGCUCUCGAGGCCCAGUUCGCAGCAGCAGCCCAGGCAGCCAUCGGCAAGGAACUCGCCAACCACGAGAGCGCACUGAAUUCCGCCAUUAACGCCGGCGUCUCAGCGGCCAAGGAGGACAUCAACCACCAGGCUUCCCAGCAGGACCUCGCCAUCGAAGCCUUGAGCAAGCGCGCCGACGCCCAGGGGCAAGUCCAGAAGGAUUUGGACUCCACCUACCCGUGGAGGAAGUUGGAAAGGAAGACGGACCCGCAAGAAUGGCUCGCCGGCUGGCGCCGCUUAAACAUUGACCGCGAUUGGCUCGCGAACGUCGCGGAGCAGAUGGAGGAUCCCGCCAUGGCGAACGCUAUGGCGGCUCUCAUUUCCAAUCCCGACAGCCAGGAGGCUUCCAAGUUUAAAGCGGCAGUAAGCAUGAGGAAUGCUCCGCGCGCCUCUUGGAAGGACAUCUGCCUCUCCAGCCACGGGGGCAGCGCAGAUCGAUUCCGAGCCUUCGUAUCCGACAAGGCUCAACGCGCGGAGCUCAUGCCGCUCGCCUUCGCGUGCGCGAAAGCGAUGAAACGGAGAGCGAAGAAGGCUGCAGCGCGGAAGCCUUUAGAGUUGCAGCUGAUCCAUGAGGAUUUCUCGAUCGACUGGUCGCUCGGCCUUGCUCGGUUGGCCGCGGCGCCGUUCGCAAUGGCGCCCCCGGGGCCGGCGCUCGCCGCCGUUGCCCCCUCUCCGGCCGACGCGCCGCUAGGCGCGCCAGCGCGCAAGAAGAUUAAGUCGGACCCUGGGCAGGGCAGCAGCGGGCAGCAGUCUGCACAGGACCCGCGCACGAGACCCGCCGUUCCCCCACGCCCCCCGGCACCUCAAGCUCAGACGGGGGCGCGCCCGAACGGCAACGCCAACCUCGGCCCUCUUGUCAACGAGUUCUCGGCCAUGAUGGGUCGACAGCAACCCGCUGCGAUCCAGGCAGCCGUAGACGCCAAGUUCCAGCGCGGCCCCCCAGAGGAGAAAAACGCCAUCCGUGCUUUCUUGAGCACGCAUUGCCGCCAAUGUCAUCUCAAUGCAAAGGCUGUCAAGCGCAGCCGCGCGCAGUGCCGGGCAGAGGGGGCCCGCCCCAGCGCCCCGUGCCCGCGCUGCGCCCAGAAGCAGAUCAUUGAAUACCACUGGGUAGAGGACUGCAGCAACUGA